GCAGCUACUUUCCAGUGUGUUUUUUGACCACCUGCAGCUGCUGUCAGCUGUGUAAACUGAAUUUUAAUUGACUUAUAAGUGUAGCUAAUUAUGGAGGCUGUUUUAGUAUUGUGAAUUUUGUUUUGACUUAAACAUGAGAUCAGCUCUAUUUGCCACUUUUAUUUCCAUGUUAGUAGAACAGAGAAGUAGAGGUUAUGUUAUAGCCCUUAACUGGCUUUAUGUGUGAAGCAGCCACCUGUUUUAAGGCACAGACAGCCUGAUUUGCCCUCAGGGGUCUCUAGUACUUCAGACAAGCAGCUAUUUUGAAACAGGCAAGGUUUUUUUUUUUUUAAUGUUCAGAGAAGUGGUAGUUCUGUCUUUUGAGAGCUUGGAGCACAGCAGUGAUUUAAUGCAGAGAGGUGGGAGGGAGAGAAAGCAGCAUGAGCGGGUUGCAGGAAGGGGAACAAACUCCACCUCGAAGUGGAGGUAGUUUUGGGAAGGUGCCUGAGCAGGAGGAGGAAUAGGAGGCAAAAGGAAGCUGGAGUGAAGCAGAGCGCUGUGGGGGUGGUAUGGUUUUGUUGUCUUCUCCUGAACCAUGAGAGUGUCUCCUUCGAAGUUGCAUUUGCAGCUGUGUAGGACACAUCUCGAUACAGACCUUUUCUUUUUCUUUUUUUUUGCUUAUGUUAUUCUCGAGUAGGUGUCUUCCCUGUUUUGUUCCCUUAACAUAUUUCUCCCUUUUCAUUAGUCAGCCAAAUCAAUUAAGUGAAUGGGGUCACUGCCUCAAGCAGCUGAAGCCUGAGGUCUGUGGUGUGUGGUGGUAGCAGGCGGUGAUAUCGCAGGGACUUCAGAAUACGGAACAUUUGAAAGAAGGCGACGUGAAGAAUGGGUAACGCAUUUAGGAAGCUGAGUAUGGGAGGGAGACAUUGGUUAUUGGAGCGGGUAUCUAGUGAUGGAGCAAAGGGGAGGAGAGGUGGCUACAAAGAGCAUCGCGUGUAUCUGGAUAAAUCUAAUGAACUUGUCUCUUGUCUACACCAAAGGCGCAGGACAGAUACAGUGAGGACCACUUGGCUAAUUCAAGAAUUAGGAUAUGCAGAAAGAGGGAACUGCUUCUCCAGCCCAGUCUGUAGGGCCCCCCUGUAGGAUGCCAAUCCCUCCUGGGGCUCACCUGCACUGGGUGAUUAUCUCCUGGGUUUUGCAGUGUAAGCACUCAGACUUGUAGCUACUUCCACGAUGCCCUGAGAGAACAGCACGGUUGCACCACGCUGUCAUGCGUUUGACAAGUGCUGUUGCUAUUUUGGCACUCGGGCAAUGUCCUUUCUGUUGCGCGCCGUAGCAGAGGGCUGGCCUUGGAGAUCCAAGAGGCCUCUUGCUCUGUUGCUGUGAUGAUGGAUGUGAUGUAAGGGUAUGGGGAGAUCGACUCAUUAUGCACAAUUUGAGUAAAGAGUGAGUUUGUGUUUGGCUGAGUUCUUCUAUUUAUUAUAUGACUAAAUAAAUUGAAGCCAUUUUUCCUUUUGUGGCAAUAAAUAAUCUCGGCUGCCCCAGCCUGGUGUGUGAUUUCCAUUUCUAACUCACCAGUAAAACAUAAAUAUUGUGCUCGUAUAUUACCUGAUUAUUAACCGUCAGCCAAAAUGCACGGGAGCCAGAGUUCCUUGAAACAAUAUGUGCUUUUGAUGAAUGAGGAUGCAGAGGAAGAGACAGCAGUCGUGACUCAGUAGUCAAUGAGGUUAGAAACCCAGCGUGCUUCCCAGCCCUCCUGCUGCAAUGAAAGCAUCUUCUUGCCAAGGGAUCUCAGGAAAUGCACCAACUCUGCCUUCUAGGCAGGCUGGGGUAAUUAACUUAAGUGUGGGAUAUAGCUUUUGCAGACACAUGUGAUGUUCCUUUUGAGCAUCAUAAAUCAUUUUCAUAUUAAAAGCUGGAGGAAGACCCACAGCCAUAAAACCCCUUUCGUAACAAUCUUGCUGUCCUUGCAUAUGGUUAACAGUGAAGAAGAGUGGUCAGUGAGCUCAGUACUUAAAGGAUUAAGCUAAUAGUCGCUGCUGUUAUUGCUGCAGGGAACCCCGAUCCAUAUGCAAGCCUCUUUUACACUGGGGAGUAAAUCACAUUAGCUGUUUUAUGCACCAUUAUUGUAAAGUGGAUUCUCAUUUGAGAUACUGCAGUGGCUUUAUGGCUCCUCGAGAAGGGAGGCGGCCUUUUCCCCUUGCCCAGCUUUGAUAUUCCCCCGUUCUUGUCAUCUCAGGGAAGGGACAGCAGUGGAUGUUUGGCAGCCACUGGCUCGGGUGCUUUCUCAGCAGAAUAUUCUUAAUUGGACUUGGAGAGGUUGCUGUGGAUGAAGCCCCAGAGCUUUUGUCUGUGUAUCUUCUUGUUGAGUCCCAUUGCUGAGAGAAAGCCUCCUUCCCUAACAGCAGGGACACAAGGAAGUGCAGGUGCUGUUGGUGCUGCCUUUCUCGGAGUUUCAGAACUGAGCUUCCCUUUGAAGCCCCGCGUGGUUUCACUGCAUUCGAUUCCUGUCAAAAAUUCUUGCGUGCCAAGUACAAAAGACCAGUGCCUGCUGUUUUCUGGGGUCUUAAAGCACCUCUCCUUCCCGUUCCCUGCCUGGCAGGGGUCCCGGAGCACCACCAAGGUGAGGUGGAUGGAUGCUGGGCUGCUCUCAGGGGUUGGGAAGGGUUCUCAGCAGCACUCCCUCCCUCUGGGAGGUGGCCGAGGGUGUGGGUGUCUCCUGCUGAGGACAGAGAGGCUAAUGAGGACGUUGAUGUAGGAUGGGGAACAAGGUUUUGCCCACGAGCAGCAGUUUUUUCAUCCUCCAGAGCCGAAUCCAGUGAGAGGGGAGAGCUGCUGGUUGAAUAACACAGCCUGAGAUAAAACAAGGUGCUGCAGGAACAGGAGAGGGGUUGGAGCGUGUUGUGGCGGUCAAAAGGAGUUUUCAAGGGAGAUUUCCAAAAGAUGAACUGCUCAGACAAUGACACAGAGAAGUUUUCCAUGCAUCAGGAGCCGUGGAGGACAGGCAACACCAUUAGUGAUGUUCGGGAUUGGAUGGAAAAGGCAGGAACCGAAGAGGAAAGCCAAGGCUGUGGGGCCCCAGAGGGUGUUAAGGAAGGCAGGUAAAUGGAGGUCGCACACAGCAAUGAACCUGUUUUGUCUUGAAGAGGCUGUUGGUUUACUUGUCUCACCCGAGGAGGCAGGCAGCUGGAUGUUUUGGGUGCACAGGCAGGACAGCACCAUUCCUGCCCCGUGUUUCUGCCGACUGCACCAGCCCCAAACUGGGUGCUGAGAAGCCUGGGGGAGAAGCAGAGCUGCCUGCAAGCGUCCCUUCCGACCCCUGAGCAUGCUUCUGCCCCUGAAAAACGUGGGCACAUCCCAGGAGCUCGAGGGCUGCACCCAUGGGUGCUAUCUCAGGCUGAGCACCAUAAUCAGAGCCCCGGCAGGCAGGCAGACCUCUGGCUGAGGAGCAGACACUUUGUGCCCACCUGCGAGGUAACAUCAACAUUUGGAUGUGCCUUUCUUCUGAAGUGUAGACAUCACGUAGCCCAAUGUGCUCAUCCUGAUUCCUCCGCAGCUAAUUUGGAAAAAAAUAAAUAAAUACCGCGGGUCCAUGUGCUGAGCUGGACAGCUGUUGCUUCCCUGUGCAGUGAGACAUCUCUGCGGAGACAAGUCCCCAGGGAAAUAAUUAAUGGCUUGAGGCCCUGUGGCUGUCAGUGUCACAGCUGUAAUGGGUUUUGUUAGGGGGAAUGGAGGAGAAAAGAAGAUCAGGUGGGGUUAAUGAGGGAGAGUGUCCUACGUAAAAGGGCUGCAGAGCAAGUGACUUUGUCAUCAGCGCUGGCAGGCUUACUCAGGUGUUUGUUUUCUGGUAGUUUCCUUGUCUCUGACUUCAGACCGGAUCGUGCUUUCCAGCUUGACCGUUUCUCAAAGCCUUAAUCUUAGCUUCAGACCUCAUCUCCCUGACUUUGAGCAGCCAAACUUCAGAGCUUGCUCCUGCCUCGUGCCCUCUCCACUGCCUUUCCCGGGGACCUCUGUGUGAGGCUGCUCCUGCGCUGCCUCCUUACUCAGCACAUCCAGGCUUCCAGGGAAACGCGUCCUGCAUGCUUUGGUGAUGCUAACAGAAAUGCUAUGAAUUCACAGAGACCCAGUCUCCUGCAGGAACGUGCACCAGAGGCUUGAUUUUAUAGUACAGGAGCUGAAGGCAUCAGCAAAUCCUGCAGCCGAUACCGUCUGCGUGGUAUUGCUGCACAGGUGGCUGGGCUGAGCAGUGUACAUGUAUACACUUCUUAUUUCAGUGAAGAACAGCAAUAAUAUAACAGGACCAUUUAUAGAAACUAUAGCACUGAGACACUGAAUUGCCUCCACCUUGCUUUUUUUUUCCCUCCCCAGACUGAGAUUUUGCUUGAGAUGUUAACCCUUAGGACCAUUGCAAAAAUACCAUCAUCUUCUUUCCUUUCCAACUUGUUAGUACUAUUUUCCGUAGUGAUGAAUCUUCACAUCCAAUUUUGUCUGUGAAGGGCCUGUCUGAAACCUUGAGUCUCCUUUCUGCUCAAGUUGUGAGUUAUUUGUGCCUGAAGGAGUCUGCAGGAGUGAGUCAGCAUCUUACAGACCUCCAGUAUCUGCUUGUGGGGAAAUCAGCCAAAAAUCCUGCUACUUGUUGCACCAUACGGGAUUAGCCAUAGCCAUACCUUUCUCUUAAUCACUGCUUAAUCUAAUUGCAUUCUUGCUAACAAGAUAAUUAUAUAUUAAAAACAAAACAACAAUGCCAAAACCUUGCAGCCUGGUGUUUUUUAAUUGUUCUGAGCAAUUAGGUAUUGCUUAAUUGAUUAAACUACUGGAUAGUGCUAGUGCAAUUACCUGAAUUGGCUCUUGGUAUCUCAUGACAGGCAAGAAAAAAAAGAGCUAUUUGGGACGAACAAAGCCAAACAAAAUUGACAGGACAGGCAUUUAAUUUUAUGCAAAAUGGUUGUUAGAUUGUGUCCCUGCCAUAAAUGCGGUCGCGUUUCUCCCAGCAGUUGUGUGAUCACCUCGACCCAGUGGGGUGAGCGAUGGAGUUGGGUGAAAGUGAUAGGAUUAGAUAGGAGGAAAUCCCUGAAUUAAUCCUCAGCAACACAGCUUUGAGAUUGCUGGAUGAAAGGUACUGUGCAGGGAUGGAUAAUACUUCUUAAUACAGCAGAGCUUAUGGGAGCUAGAAUAUAUAAAUAAUAUUUGUAAAUGACCCAGCUUUCUGCACUCGGAGGGUAAGGCUGGGCGUUUCUCUGUCCCAAUCAUUGCUCCAGUUCACUUUUUCAUACUAAUGAGAUCCUCUAGCUGAAGCGUAGCCAGCAGGUAGAUGUGUUUUCUUCCUUUUCAGUGCUUUUCUGGAUGCCUUGUGUUGAGAAAUACGGAGCCUAGUAAGAAGUCCGAUCAGCCUGCAGUGCGUUGGGUGCUGCUCAGCAUGAGACAGCACGUUAGGCUCUAGCAAUGCCCAGAAAUGUCUUAGAAAUGCCUUUCCCAAAGUUUCCCUUUGUAUAUGUGGAAGCAAUGUGAUUUCUGUGAUCUCCUCCUCCCCCUUUCUGUGCAGUGAUGUCAGCCUGAGACAUUUCUGUACCGUUAAUUUAUGGGUUCUGGCCGAGACCCGUGGCGUGGUGCAGCCAGUGCUCGGGUCCACAAAGCCCACUCGUUGCUGGUGAAAUCAGCAGAAGGCUGAAAAUGCCUGCUGCUUUUUUCCUUCUCUUUUUUUAGCUUGUCAGUGACAAGCCAACUGCUAGCAUUUAUGGGAAUAAAUUAUGACUAAAAUAAUUUGCAUUUAAAAUGCAAAUGAAUGAAAGCGUCAGCAAGGAGCCUUCUGCUUUCUUCGUGGCGCGCAGACAGGGUACUGGCACUGGAUCAGCCCAGUGAGGCACUGAGGAUAAAAUAAAGUUAAUUGGACUAGCUGAAAAAUGGAAUGGGCUCAGCUUCAUGCUAAUUCCUGGGCCUGUGAUUUAAUAUGACAUUAGAGGGGAAGAGCUGGGAAGGUGCUGAACCACCGACUAAACGAACCACCAGAGCUGUAAAUUACCCUUCUGAGAUUCCCGAUGGCAGAUUGAGAGGCCCCAAUAAAAUUGCAAGAGGUGAAUAAAACCUAGCUUGGAAGCAAUUUGUCAGGAUCUUCAGGCUUACAUCACUUAGAGUUUAAGUUUCAUUGUUCUUUUUCUGGGAGCUGUCUGGUGUAACACUGCCUGAAUACCAACGGGCACUGCACUGCUGUGCAAGGUGAAAGCUGCCCGUAAGUGUGAAGCCGCCUGGUUCUUGAUCAAAGCCUCUUUCAGAUGAACUGGGAAACCAGCACUGUGUCUCUGAAUGUGUUGUUUUCUCGUUAGGAGCUUAAGGUCACUGCUCUGCACCACGUAUUGAUUUCUGGGCCUGCAUGUGCUGAAGGGCCGUGUGCCUGUGGACUGCCGGUGGCUGAGGAAGUGCAGGAGGGAUUCAGGAGGUAUCCUUCAGUGCCAACUGUGGCAAUGGUUGACUUGCUUCAUCCUUAAUAGGGUGUGGAAAAUAGUAUAUGGCGUAUUCAGAAUGGAAAACGAGAAUUCACAUGCUUGCAAAGCCAAGCCCACUUUACUCUGGCAGCAUGUUCCUGUAGUGCAGGAGCUGAUGAUAACCUCAUAGCGCCCUUCCAUUGCAAUGAGAACUGAUUGCAUUACAUUCUUGCUUUAAUGUCUCUACCUCCUUUCUUUAUAGCCAUGUUACUGAAGAUCCCCUUGUCUUCUGGAAGGAGAAACACGGAGAAGAGAUGAAUGUACUCAGCCAGACAUUCCUCCAGUAGAUACUUCUCACCAUGGAGCACCACGGCAGGGAGGAGAUGGACUCAAAAGAGGAAAGUCCUCAGGUGUGGCCUGACUCUGCUGAGCAGGAGCAGAAUACUGCUCAGGUGCACUUUGUCCCCGAAGGUGGGGCAGUGGCACAGAUUGUGUACAGCGAUGAGCAGGACCGUCCCUCGCAGCAGGUGGUCUACACGGCGGAUGGCACCUCCUACACCUCCGUGGACACCUCGGAGCACACGCUAGUUUACAUCCAUCCUGUGGAAGCUACGCAGACUCUGUUUACAGAUCCGUCCCAAGUGGCUUACGUCCAACAGGAUGCCACUACACAGCAGGUAACUGUGCUCUUGCCUGCUGCUGCUCAGAGCAUGAAUCCCACCAACCUGUCUGUGCUUGGCAGCGUUGCUGAAUCCCCCCAGCAAAUGGCUCUGGAGCAGGGUCAACAAGCAGAUAGAGCAUCGUUACCGGUGCAUAACCAGGUGUUACCUCCUAUGGAGGCAGUGGAUGGUUCUGACCCUUUAGCACCUCUGCAGAAUCAAAUGGGAAGGAUGGAAACAAAAGAGGAAGAUGACGAGGAUGAAGAUGAGGACGAAGAUGGGGAAGACACUGACAUGGAUGAAUGGGAUCCAGAUCCACCUCGACCCUUUGAUCCCAAUGAUCUGUGGUGUGAAGAGUGUAAUAACGCGCAUCCCUCGGUGUGUCCGAAACAUGGACCUCUGCAUCCAAUCCCAAACCGGCCCGUGCUGACUAAGGCAAGAGCCAGCCUCCCCUUGGUGCUCUAUAUAGACAGGUUUUUGGGAGGUGUGUUCUCCAAAAGGCGUAUCCCCAAACGCACGCAGUUUGGACCUGUGGAAGGACCUCUGGUUAGACAAACCGAACUCAAAGACUGCUAUAUCCAUCUGAAGGUGUCUCUUGAUAAGGGUGACAGAAAAGACAGAGAUUUGCAAGAGGACCUGUGGUUUGAACUUUCUAGUGAGGCUCUUUGUAACUGGAUGAUGUUUGUGCGUCCAGCUCAAAACCAUUUGGAGCAGAACCUGGUUGCGUAUCAGUACGGCCACCAUAUUUAUUACACAACCAUUAAAAAUGUGGAGCCCAAACAGGAACUCAAGGUGUGGUAUGCUGCCUCGUACGCAGAAUUUGUGAACCAGAAGAUCCACGACAUAUCUGAGGAGGAAAGGAAGGUUCUCAGAGAGCAAGAGAAGAACUGGCCGUGUUACGAGUGCAACCGUCGCUUCAUGAGCUCAGAGCAACUCCAGCAGCACCUUAACUCCCAUGAUGAGAAGCUGGACUUCUUCAGCAGAGCCAGAGGCAGAGGUCGUGGGCGAGGAAAGAGGAGGUUUGGACCAGGCAGACGCCCAGGGCGCCCUCCCAAAUUCAUGCGUAUGGAAGUAACCAGUGAAAAUGGAGAAAAGUGUGAAGAAGGAACACAGGACUUGCUGCAUUUUUCCAGCAAGGGGCAGUUUGAUGAGGCCGGACAAGCAACACUGAAUGGGUUGGAGCAGCAGGAACAGACUCCAGUGCCAUCCGAGACACAGUCGGCACUGGAGCAGCAGUCAGAAAACCACCCACUACAGAUCCAGCCGCAGCACGAUGAGAGCACGGUGCCUACGCAGAGCACCAUGACAGCAGAUGACAUGAGGCGAGCAAAGCGUAUCAGGAAUGCAGCUCUUCAGCACCUGUUUAUCCGGAAAUCCUUUCGCCCGUUCAAAUGCCUGCAGUGUGGGAAGGCGUUCCGGGAAAAGGACAAACUGGAUCAGCACUUGCGGUUUCAUGGACGGGAGGGGAACUGCCCUUUGACUUGUGACAUCUGCAACAAGGGCUUCAUCAACAGUGGUGCUCUUGAGAGCCACAUGAAGUUCCACAUGGACCAGAAAACGUACUCCUGCAUUUUCUGUCCUGAGUCCUUUGACCGCUUGGAUCUGCUUAAAGAUCAUGUGGCCAUCCACGUUACUGAUGGAUAUUUCAACUGCCCUACCUGCAAAAAGCGCUUUCCAGAUUUUAUCCAGGUCAAGAAACACGUACGCAGUUUCCAUUCAGAAAAGAUUUAUCAGUGCACAGAAUGUGACAAGGCUUUCUGCCGUCCCGACAAGCUGCGCCUCCAUAUGUUGCGACACUCAGACCGCAAAGACUUCCUGUGCUCCACGUGUGGCAAGCAGUUCAAGAGGAAAGACAAACUGCGAGAGCACAUGCAGAGGAUGCACAACCCAGAAAGGGAGGCCAAGAAAGCUGACCGAAUCAGCCGCUCCAAAACUUUCAAGCCUCGCAUAGCUUCCACUGACUAUGAAAGCUUCAUGUUCAAGUGCCGACUGUGUAUGAUGGGUUUCCGCCGGAGGGGAAUGUUGGUGAAUCAUUUAUCAAAGAGACAUCCAGACAUGAAAAUAGAAGAGGUGCCAGAGCUCACGUUGCCCAUCAUCAAACCCAACAGAGAUUAUUUCUGUCAGUACUGUGAUAAGGUGUACAAAAGUGCCAGCAAACGCAAAGCACAUAUCCUGAAGAACCAUCCUGGUGCUGAGCUACCUCCAAGCAUCCGGAAGCUGCGCCCUGCAGGCCCAGGAGAGCCAGAUCCCAUGCUGAGCACCCACACUCAGCUGACAGGCACUAUAGCCACCCCUCCGGUCUGCUGUCCUCAUUGUUCCAAACAGUACAGCAGUAAGACGAAGAUGGUACAGCACAUUCGCAAGAAGCACCCGGAGUUUGCUCAGCUCCCUAACACAAUACAUGCCCCGCUGGCGACAGCUGUCAUCAGCUCCACUCCUGCCGUUCUAACCACUGACAGCACUACCGGAGAGACUGUUGUGACAACAGAUUUACUGACACAAGCAAUGACGGAGCUGUCCCAGACCCUUACAACAGACUAUCGAACUCCCCAGGGAGAUUACCAGCGGAUCCAGUACAUCCCUGUGUCUCAGUCCACGACAGGCUUGCAACAGCCUCAGCAUAUCCAGCUGCAGGUUGUUCAAGUGGCCCAGGCUACCUCACCUCACCAGUCCCAGCACUCCACAGUAGAUGUUGGGCAGCUUCAUGACCCCCAGACGUACACGCAGCAUGCCAUCCAGGUGCAGCACAUACAGGUCACAGAGCCAUCAUCAGCAACUCAGCCAUCGUCGCAGGUUGGGGGUCAACCUUUGAGUCCCUCCUCACAACAAUCUCAGCAGGAACUCAGCCCCUCACAGAUGCAGACAGCUACAUCUACACAAAACCAAUCUCUCCAGCAGCAGCAAGGGUCUUCAGUCCAGCACACAUAUCUUCCCAGCACAUGGAACUCAUUUCGGAGCUACUCAUCUGAGAUUCAGAUGAUGACCAUUCCUCAAGGCCAGUAUGUGAUCACAGAGACAGCUGUAGGUACACCUGUCACCACUGUCAACACAGGGCAAGUGAAAGCUGUUACUCAGACUCACUAUGUGAUAUCUGAAGGUCAACCUGAUUUGGAUGUCAAACAAAACUCUUCGCUCUCCAGUGAGGUACAGGUUGGUGUUUCCCAGCCGCCAGCCCAUGCUGAUACAUUGGAAUCUCAAACGAGUAAUCAGCAGCAAACAACCCAGUACAUAAUCACUACAACCACCAAUGGGAAUGGGGGCAGUGAAGUGCACAUCACUAAACCAAGAACUUUCUCAGCAGAACAUGAAUGAAGAAGCCUUGCAGUGUCAUUUGCUUGUACUUUUCACCUCCCCCAGAAGCUCAAAUAUAUGGGUAUCCUGGAGCUCAAUAUGUUUUAAAGUAUAUGCUCACUUAACUUCAACUAAAAUAUUGGAGCUCUUCUUAAUGCUUUAAGAGGGUUGAAGUCCUCAGUGACCACGAAGAAGUACCCUCAAAAUCCUUCUGGGAUACUAUUUUAUGCAGCUUUUAACAAAAAGGACAAAAGGAGAAAUGAAACCUGCUUGCCCUGGACUUUUUUGGCAUGUCUGCUGACCCUUGUUUCUUCCUUCAUGGAAGUGUCUCUGGUAAACAACUCUUAUUUCAAUUGGAAGGGAAAAGCUUGCCCAAGUGAAGGCUAAUUGGCAGAUUAUAUUGUAUGUAUAUUUUUAAUAGGAGCCGUUGAACAGGAGGACAUCAUGUAAAUUGCCAGAGUAUGGCAGAACCGCUUCUUCUGUCUUUGUUUCAACAGCCAAGUUGAAAGGGAAUAUAUGCUUGAGAGCAGACUGCCUGAAGAAAAAGGGCAGCAGCAAAGCAGUGACUGUGUAUGUGUGUGGGGAUGGAUAUAGCAAUGAAGCUGUGAAGACGUGCAGAAGCAGUCCAUUAAAUUAUUAUUUUUCCAACCCCUCAAACUGUUUACAUGCUGUCUCUCCCCUGCCCUACUUUACCAAGAAGUUCCAGAAGAAGGAAAAGUGCAGUCUUAACCCCAUGUUUGGAACAAACUGAUCAAAACCCUAGUAGCACAUAAUGGUAAUACAGAGCCACUGUAAUCUCUUUCCCCUCCAGAGUUUGCAGGGAAAAUCGCCUUUUUGCCUGUAAACAAAAAAGUUUCACCUUAGCCUGCAUUGCAGCUUCUGCUGUGACCUCUAGCGACAGUUGUGCCAGGAGAAGCAGGUACAGGAAUACACCUCUGAAGAUGCAGGGUAGUUAUCUCUGUUGCCAUCUCAAAGUGGAUGUAUUUUUCUCUUGAAGACUGAAUGGAGAGUUGGUUAUGCUGAUUUUCCAAACACCUUGUUAACAAUGCACUGUAAUUCCUUUGGACAGUUUCAUAAAAUGACCAGCCUUGGACUCAGGAAACACGUACAAGAAAAACACCAAUGGACCACUAUUUAUGGGACACAGAAAGCCAUCUGCGAGUUGCCUGCUUUGGUAGACCUGGUCUACGUACCGAACUCACGUUAUUCUUAGGGACCAGGAGAAAGAAAAAGUUUUAUCUUUUAAGGCAGUGUAUUUUUUUCUUACAUAAUUCCCCUUCACGGGUCUUGUUGGUUGGUUAUUUAAUGCAUUCUGGUAUUUGCAAGAAUAUGACUACAUCUCCAUUUACUGUUGAUGGGAUAUACUGUUUGUGUCUAAACCUCCAUUCACUCUGCUUGAAACCUCAUCCCAGAAUGUCAGUGUACCAUAGGAUACAUUUAUUUAUAAAACAAAGAAGUUUUGUCUUAAUGGCCCUUGAGAAAGGUCGGAAGAACUAAGAGAGGAUUUUUUUUUUUUCUAAUUUCUUCUUACAUUGCAUUGAGCACGAAUCUGGAACUUUUGUGUUUGUACUCCCACAGAAUGAGAUGGGGAUUAACGAUGUGAGUAGGUGUUACACAUGUUUACAGGUUGUGGUGUCAGGCCUUACGGAGUUAAAGCUCUUAGACAUGAGAGAACUUAACACUCCGACUGAAAAAGUGGAUGACUUGUUACUUGCUGGCAAAGCCUUGUAGCAUGUAUUGCUUCAGUAAAUAACAUUUUAAAUAUGGUAUGGAAAUAGUGACUGUGCGUGAUGAGAUAAAUCCUGUUUAAAAUAUUGGACAGCUCAGAACUGUUUUGAGGUAGCUUGAAGUGAGUUGCCAAAACAUAGAUUAAUUUGUGCCUGGUAUUCUGCUUCUCUUACUGCAACCACUGUACUGGGGCAUUAAUUAAUAAUUGGGGCAUUAACGUGAUUGGUAAAAUAUACAGAAUCACAGAAUUUCUAGGUUGGAAGAGACCUCAAGAUCAUCGAGUCCAACCUCUGGACUAACGCUAACAGUCCCCACUAAACCAUAUCCCUAAGCUUUAAUGAAGACCUGAGCUCCCAUUUAGUGUAGUGCAGUGAUGAGUCCUUCAGUUCAAUGGAUUUGGGAGGUCAUCUACUUUAGCAAUGCAGCCAAGCAACUGCAGUUGUCCUUGCUUGAGCACUUUUGAGUAACAGGCCAUUACGAUGUUCAUCUGGGUGAGCAGAAGGGAGAUCUUGGUUUUGGCUUUGCCUUGUGGCAUCUUUUUCAAGAAAAGGGUCUAUUUUCAGACUGCUAGAUUAAUAACAUGAGUCAAAUGUGGUACGAGUAAUAGGAAAAUAGGAAA